AUGGAUUUCGCAUGCUUGGUCAGGAUCGACAAAUCUCCAAACGGCCCUAUCAUCUGUAACGAGUAUUAGUAUUACCACGCGCUACAAACAUCAUUGUAAUGUCUAUAUCCUGCUUGAUUCCAAUCAUCCCACGCUAGUCUUCGAACAUUCUCGAUUGUAGCCCAUCCCAUCUCCAACUAUAAGUAUCAACGCCACCCCCCAUGAAGACAAUUCUAUCCAUCUUCUUUUGCAUCAUAGCAAUUGCAAUCUACAAUCAAGAACACCUACUUUCGACUAUCAACCAACUAUCUCAAACAAUUAAACUCGCAACAUCCCCCAACACCAUCCUUCACAACAACCAAAACAACAUCACACAAACAAUGUCCAGCAACGCAGCAACACCAACCACCUUCCGGGGACUACCAGUGAUCCCACCAAAUGAGACACUGACUGUUCAAUCGCCGCGCAAGAUUCAGAAGUCGUUCCUUGCUAUUGAGCAGUCCGAGGGCGCUGGCGCACGCGUCAGACGCUCCAUCGGCACCCCACAACUUCGCAACUUCUCUCCCUUCCUCAUGCUCGACCACUUCAGCAUUCCUCCAGGUGCAGGCUUUCCUGACCACCCCCACCGCGGACAAGAGACCGUGACUUAUCUUCUUUCUGGUGCUGUGGAUCAUGAAGAUUUCGCAGGCCACAAGGGUUCGAUCGAAGCCGGCGAUUUGCAGUUCAUGACAGCCGGCCGGGGAAUUGUCCACGCCGAGAUGCCGAGGCAGAACGAGGACGGAACACCAAACGUCGGAAUGCAGCUUUGGGUCGAUCUGCCAAAAGAAUUGAAGUUCUGCGAGCCCCGUUACCGCGAUUUGAGGGCGAAGGAAAUUCCCGAAGUGGUGACUGACAACGGCAAGGUUAAGGUCAAGAUCAUCAGCGGCCGCGCCUACGACACCGACUCCGUUCAAGAGCUUGCCUACACUCCCGUCUGGCUUCUCGAUUUCACAGUUCAGCCAGGUGGUGUUGUCAAGCAAUCGUUACCAAAGGGCUGGAAUGCAUUCGCCUACACCCUGAGCGGUUCCACAAUCUUCUCCUCUGACGGAGUGUCGCGCCCCGUCGAGCAAUACCACAAUGUGGUUUUCGAGAAGGAGGGCGACAGCAUUGAAGCUACCGUCGAGGCAGGAGCCGAAAAAGAGUCGAGAUUCAUCCUUGUCGCUGGUCUCCCACUAGAUCAGCCUGUGGUCCAGUACGGACCCUUCGUUUUGAACACUAGGGACCAGGUCGUCCAAGCAAUGAUGGACUAUCAAUCAUUCUCCAACGGAUUCGAACGAGCAGAGAACUGGGAGAGCGAGAUCGGAAAGACAAUGGUACACUAGAUGUAGUAUCCAGUAUCUUUCCUAUUUCCUUUUGUAUAUAAAAAGCACGCAUUUACGAGGUUAGCGAGUCCAUUUUUGUAGCCACACUAUACCAAUUUCUGUAUUCUAUAUAUGACAAUAGAUCUGAAUGUCCAAAAC